AUGGCUAGCCCUAAUGUUCUUACCUUUGAUGCUGAGGAGCGUGCAGUUGACUUUGACGUGUGGGUUGACGACCUGCAGCUCUUUCUUUAUACGGUUCGCUCGCAGUGGACCACUCGUGAUGCUGUUGCUUGCCUUGCUGUUCGUAGUCACCUGCCGUCUGCUGAGCGCGCGCACUUUGGCCAUUACAAGACUACAAAGUCUUUGUAUGACGCUGUCGUAGCGCGCUACUCCUCCCCUGCCACUGCUGCCCUCAGCCGCCUCAUGCUGCGGUACCUGUUCCCUGACCUUGCCGCCUUUGCCACAGUCGCUGACCUCAUUACUCACCUCCGCACUAGUGACGCCCCCUACCGCGCUGCGCUUCCCACUGAGUUCUUCAGGGACCACUUUCUCUCCCUUUGCCCCACCGAGCUCACCGUCGACCUGCUAGAGGAGCGCCUCACUGCAGCUGAGAAGAGUAUCGUUGCUGUAGGUGCUUCUCGCGGCGACCGUAGCGCCCCUUUCUUUGAGGGGUGUUCCCCUGUCCCCCUUCUCCCCUCUGUUGCUUCUGCUGCUGCUGUCGACCUCGUUGGCACUGGGGAGGUCGGGGCUGCGUCUGAUCCUAGUGGGAGGCACCGCAACAGCAAGGGCAAGGGGGGAAAGGGUGGUGGAGGGGACGGUGGGGGCGGCGGUGGAGGCGGUGGAGGAGGCGAAGGGGGUGGCGGUGGAGGUGGGGGUGGUGGCGGGAGUGGGGGCUUCGGUGGCGGAGGUGGGGGUGGUGGAGGCAGCGGCAGCGGCAAUGGAGGCAGCGGCAGCGGUGGUGGAGGUGGCGGCGGCGGUGGUGCUGGUCGAGGUGGAGCCGCACAGCGUGGAGGCUUUGGUGGUAGCCAGCGCCAGCAGCAGCCGCGUUCCCGUGAGACCCCGUCGACCCAGCAGCUUUGUGAGUGGUACGCUGGGCGUGGGAGGUCUGGGGGUGUUGGUCCCCGCACUUACGUUCUUCGCAUCGGCGGGCACCGUAGGGAGACGUGCGGGCUGCCACACACUACGCAGCGCUGCUUCGGUCGCCUGACUGACGCCUGGCGCGCCCAGUUUCCUGACGCUGUUGAGCUCCCUCGCUGGGGUGAUCUGCUUAAGCAGAAUGUUGCUAUCUUUGAUCUUGAUUUCGAUACUAUCCUUGCUGCCAUGUAUGCUGUGACUGAUAGUGCUGAGGAUGACUGUUACCUUUGUGCUCCGCCCGACCCGGGCAUUGAGGCUGCUGCUCUAGGUGCUAGUGAGUCUGCUGCUCCAGGUACUCGUGAGUCUGCUGCUCCAGGUACUAGUGAGUCUGCUGCUCCAGGUGCUGGUGAGUCUGCUCUCUCUGGUACUGCACCUACCGAGGCCUUGCACACUUUCGCACUUGACUCUGGUGCUCCGCGCUCCUUCUUUCGCGACAGCACCACACUCACGCCACCCAGUCGGCCUGUCGCAGUCUCCCUGGCUGACCCCUCUAGGGGCCCAGUCCUUGCGCACUCUUCCACGGUUCUACCGUAG